CCAACAUCCGCAUCGUCCUGUUACUGUCUAUCAGUUUUGCCACGGUCGCUUGUUCCUUUUUUACCUCCAAUUGAGAGUCAAUAAGAUGAGUCGAAGCUGCGGGACGUGCCGUGAUCGGCGAAUAUCUUGCGAUCGGACCACCCCUAUCUGCCUCCAAUGCGCCCAUUCCAAUCGAGUCUGCCAAGGAUAUGGCAUCCGUCUGUCCUGGCCAAAACCGAAGGAUCGAAGACGAGCUAUGGUGGGCAAGCCGUCAUUGAAGAGUGAGGGUACUUUGCAGCCCUUAGCCCACGUCCGUUUGGUCAACUUUUCCACCUUCGAUAUGAACCUACACGACCAUCUGACUGGCUCGAAUUCAUGCCACUCCGCACAGCUGACCCUACGGUCACCGAUGCCUUUCAACCCGAGCCACUUGGACAUUGCGGAGAAGGACCUGCUACAAUACUUUCGUUGUAUCGCCUCCCGCUCCCUGACAACUUUCACGCAUGACCCGGUGGAUUUGGGGAAUAUCAUUAUGCAUUUGACCCUGCUCAACGACUCCCCCUCGGCCGCCGCAGUGCUACGUUCUCUGCUCGCCCUGUCGUCCGUACAUCGCGAUGGGCUGCAGUCGCAGGCGGCAGGUCUGAAGAUAUCUGCUCUCAAAGCGCUCAUCGCCGCUCCCAAGCAUGACAUCACUGCGAUCGAAGCGGCUCAACAUGUUGCCGCCGGGAUGCUAUUGUGUUCCUUCGAGAUCCACCGGGCCUCCUGCACUUCCGACCAAUGGAUGACCUACCUCAUAGGGGCGAAGCGCAUCAUUAAAGCCUCCUCUCUUGAGUCAUCGGGCGAAUUCGGACCUCUGAUAGACUGGGUUCACUACCACGAUGUUCUCUCGCGAUUCAGUAAUAUUCACUGGCGUCCGAAAAUCGUGCAUGUAGACUCUCCUUCAUCGGAAUCCAGCACAGAGACCUUAUCCCCGUCUCCUGGUUUGCCGUCUGUGCACAACACCGCGCUGGCACUGCUUUCCGACAUAUGCGAUGCGGUGUCGACCCUUCUUCCCGAUAACAUGCUCACCGAUGACCGGGAUGAUCAUCAAGCGUUCCUGAAGACCCUCGCAUUCCGCAUCCGGAAUAUAUCCUCUGCGGAGAUCCCUCCUAGUAACAGCCGUAGUCGAACCAUGACUGCACUAUUUCAGUGUGCCAUGCUCGUCUAUCUCAAUCGCGCGUCGAUGGAUCUUCUCGAGCCAGCGGCGGAAACUGAGCGCCGGAUCCAGAACGCCUUUGCCACGUUUACCCAGCUCGAUGCGUGCGAGCGACAAUUUCCGCUCUUUAUUCUGGGUUGCGAAGCACGAACUGAUCAUGAGCGGUCAAUCGUCCUGGAUUUGAUCACAAGGACGGAGGCACACGCUUCAUCCCGGUCUCUGUAUCUGGUCCGGAAAAUGAUCGAGGCGAUCUGGAUCCAGGACGACCUCGCUAAGGGGGAGAUAAACUAUACGAAUAAAUUGACCGCUAUCAUCAGCUGUUGUGCGAUUCUGCCUACAUUUGUCUAGACUAGAUUUCUCUUCUGCUUCAUGAGUUUUAUUGACAGGAAUAGAUCGAGGGGCUACAGGUCUCACUGAUCUCUACCCAUGAUGAAGGCUUCAGGCUGGGUGGGAACGGGACGAGGCAAGAUGAGCAUGUAUUGAAAUAGAGCUACUGCUUAUUGCAAAGUUA